AUGUGGGUCCUCGGUGGAAGGAGGCUGCUGUUAAGCUUCCUGGUGUCGCUAGUGCUGGUGCAAAGUGUUUUCGCAGCAUCGUGUAAACAGGGAUGUCCAACGCCAAACAAAUCGAGCAAGUACACCUUCAAGCCUGGCUUCGUUUACCAGUAUGAUGUGGACACAUUCGUGCAGAUGCAACAGUCGGACAAGGAAAACAAACAGACUACGCUUAAGGUCGAUGGCAAAGUGGAACUGUACGCCGGAAACAACUGUCUUUACACGCUGAAGGUAGUGUCGCUGACCUCGUACGCACCGGACGGCAAGAAGACGGCAUUCGGACCGGAAAUCACUAAACCGGUACAGUUCACGCUGUCCAACGAUGAGUUGCUGCCAGAGAUCUGUACCGAGGCCGACGAUACCGACUUCUCGGUGAACGUGAAGCGUGGUCUGAUUUCGCUGUUCCAGUCGGCACAGGAAAAGAGCACAGAAACCGAUGUGUUUGGCGUGUGUCAGACGUCCUUUUCGAGCUAUCCUUCCGGAGACGCGACCGUCGUGGAGAAGUCGCGCGACCUGGAUACCUGUGCCUACCGUGAAUCGUUGUCGAACAGCUUCGUGACGCGCAUCGUCAAUAGCAAGGCCGGCAUCAAAUCGACCCCGCUACUCCAGAGCUCCUACAGCAACCAGCAAACGUUCAACGAUGGUCUGCUCUCCUCCGUGAAGUUGGGCGAAGAGUACCAAUAUCUGCCGUACCUGAAGGAAAAGGUCGGAGUAACGGCGAAGGUUACGACGAAGCUGUCGCUCACGGGCAAUAAGGCAGGAGCCGCUCCGGCUUUAAGUGGAACGAGUGAGCCGCGCUCGAUUAUCUUCGAGAAUCCCGAUCAGCAGCCGGCGGGCAACUUGGCCGUGAUCAAGCAGGAACUGAAAACUACCGUAGAUUCAUACAGCCGCGGCAAUGUGGGCAAGAAGACUGCUAACUUCUUCGUGGAGCUGAUCCAGCUGAUGCGCUACUCGAAGAAGGAUGAUCUGCUCAAUCUUUACAACCAAGUCAAGGCUGGUAGCGUACACUCGAACAAAUCACUGGCACGUAAGGUCUACCUGGACUCUUUGUUCCGCGUUGGAACGGGUGAUGCCGUUGAGGCCAUUACACAGCUGUACAAAAACAAGGAAAUCACCGAUGCUCAGGAACAAAAGCUUGCUUUCGUUUCGCUCAAUCUGGUCAACUCGAUGACCCAGGAUGCGCUGAAGGCCGUGAACAAGCUGCUGGAUGGAAAUCCUCCCCGCGAAGCCUACUUGAGCGUGGGUUCGCUGGUCAGCAAGUACUGCCAGAAGCACGGAUGCCAAUCGGCUGACGUGAAGGAAAUCUCGAACAAAUUCAGUGCCAAGCUGGGCAAGUGUCAGUCGACUUCACGUGCGCAGGAAGAUGUGAUCGUCGCAGUGCUUAAGGGCGUACGCAAUUCGGACAAUCUGGUUCCUCCACUGUUGGACAAGGUUAUCCAGUGCACUGGUCCGGAAGCGUCAUCGCGUGUUCGCGUAGCGGCUUUGCAAGCCUAUCCGGCAGCGUCUUGCAACAAAAAGGUAGUUAAUUCGGCCCUGAGCACGCUGAAGAACGCCAAUGAGGACUCGGAAAUUCGUAUCCAUGCCUAUCUGUCGCUGGUUGAGUGCCCCUCGGCUAAUGUUGCCAACGAGCUGAAGGCCUUGCUGGAUGCUGAGAAGGUUUAUCAGGUCGGUUCGUUCAUUACGUCCCAUCUGGCUAGCUUGCGGUCAUCGGUCGACCCGACGCGGGACGCUGCCCGUCAGCACUUCGGAAAAAUCCGUACCUCCAACAAGUUUCCCUUCGAUGUUCGUCGCUACUCGUUUAACCGUGAGUUCUCGUAUGCCGUUGAAUCGCUCGGUGUGGGAGCCAGUGCUGAGACCAGCGUCAUCUACUCGCAGAAAAGCUUCCUUCCGAAGUCGGUUGGACUGAACUUUACGGCUGAGCUGUUCGGAAAUGGAUUGAACGUGUUUGAGCUCGAGGGACGUCAGGAUAAUUUGGAGCGACUGGUGGAACACUACUUCGGCCCGAAGGGAUUUUUCUCCGGCAUGGAUUUACAGGCGGCAUACGAUCUUAUCUCUGAGCAGUACCAGAAGCUGUCCGGUAAGGCAAAGGAACGCUUCCGCCGUGGUAUCCGUGAGGACAUCCGUGCGCUAGCUCGCAACGUCGACCUGCACAAUGACGCACUGCAAGACUUCAACUUCGAUCUGACUGUGAAGGUGUUCGGAUCUGAGCUGUUUUUCCUUAGCACCGGUGAUAAUGUGCCGACCGAUCCGGAACAGUUCCUCGAAAAGGCAUUGGAAUGCUUCGACAAGAUGAUCGAGGGUGCUAAAAAGUUCGAGCGUACCUUUGAGCAUCAUGCACUGUUCUUGGACACCGAUCUCGUGUACACUACCGGUCUUGGUCUUCCACUGAAGCUGUCAGCACAGGGAGCCGCUGUUGCCCGUCUGAAUGCCGCUCUGGAGCUCGACGUGAAGAAUCUGGUAAAGGACUAUAACAACGCAAAGUUCAACGUUAAGUUCCAGCCUAGCGGAAGCUUCGAGGUGACCGGAACCAUGAGCGUGGAUGCGUUCAACGUGAUGACUGGAAUGCAGGUGGCAUUGUCCGGACACUCGUCUGGUGGAGCCGCUGUCAAAUUCGCACUGCACGAUGCUACGGCAUACGAUUUGACAAUCGAUUCACUGCAAGAAAAGCAAGAGCUUGUUUCGGUGAGCUUCCGCGAGGUAAUCAUCACGCGUGAGCGGGGCAACCAGCUGAUUACGCUUCCAGCAAAGCGUCAGGACUUUGGCACUAAAUUCAACGAAUGUUUCGACAAUCUGUACAGCGUGAUUGGUGUGACUGUGUGUGCCGCUCACAAAGUUGACCAAGAAGAGGUAUUCGAAGUGUACCUGGAGGUUGAGCCGAAAUUCCACUUCUCCGGCAAGUUUGACAACUCUAACCAGCAGCAUGUUACGCUGUUGCUCAGCUUCGAUACUCCUGGAUCGCAGAUGAAGCGUUUGACCAACCUUCGCCUGGAGGGUGUGACCGCUGGAGAACUGUACGUGAAGGUAUCGCUUGAAUCGCCGAUUCGCAAUGUUGACUUGCAACUGGGAGUGAACAACAACGAUAAGGAAGUAGCACUGUACGGUGUGGCACACAUCGGCGUGGAAGAGUACUUGGCCAAGAUUGGCUUCCAGAAGGGUGCUUCUGGCGGACGCGACGAAUACAUUCCCAUUUUCACCAUUCGCUCACCGAACGGUGAUGCUCAAAUGUCCAAAUUUGUGCAAACUACUGGUAAAAUCGUGGUUGAGAAUCUAGAUGGUGGCAAGCGUAAGUACAACCUGCAAAACAUCGAGUGGACUAGCCCGUACGCUCCGAAGACCACCAUUAAUGGUCACGUCGUGUCAAACGGAGAACGUAGUUUCGAUGCCGAUGUGGACUUUACCGUUGGUGAGGUAAAGAACAACGUUCUGGGUCAUCUGGACUUCGAUCUGAAGCAUGUAAAGCUGGAUCUGGAGAAAAAGACACCGAGCGAUGCGAAUAAGAACUUCAAGGUGAAUCUGGAGGUGGCCUACACGGACAAUUCCUUCAAGAAUCUGUUCUCCUUCGCUAGCGGAUCGGACUUUAAGAAUCCGUCGAACAAGUACGAGCUAAGCCAAUAUGCCGAAUUCACACUUAAGCCGGAAGCACAGGGUCUAGAGUCGUUGAAACUGAACAACAAAUUGCAGCUGCCGAAGCAACUGAUCAGAGUGGACUUUGCUACCAACAAGAACAAGUUCUUCCUGGAUGGAGAGUACGGAUACGAUAAGUACAAGAUUGCGGCUAAUGUGGAUGCCAAGUACAAUGAGAAAUCGGCCGGCGACUAUGAUGUGCAGUUGGGCGGUUCACUCAACAAGCACUUCUUUAAGUUCUUCUCGAAGCGCAUUGUGGAGCAGAACAAGAGCCGCUUUAGCAACAAACUGACCGCAAGCACCGGUACCAAGUUCGAACUGAAUGGAGCCGUCUCGAACCGUUUCACCAGCCAGGAUGGUGAGCUCAGCCUUGAAGGAUCACUUGUCGCUGUCGAAAAAGCUUCUCCUUACAAGCUUUCGCUGACAGUUCAAUUCUCUGCCGCGAACGUCCUCUCCAACGCCAAGGUGCUGGUGGAUAAGGAAGAGUUCGCUACGUAUGACUUGAAGUUGCAACGUGGUCAAGAUCCGAAUGGAAAAUUCACGUUUGUGGUAAAGGAUUUCUUCGAUGGUAACGGUGAGUUCAAGUCUAAGAAUGGAAAUGGUGAUCUGUUUGCCUUGGUAACCUUCGUCAAGCAAGAUCGCAAGGUGAAGCUGGAUAGCAAGUUCACAACGAGCAAACCGGAUUACAAUGUUGAAAUCGAUUUCUAUUACGACUUUGAAAAGGACAAUAGCAAGAAGGUUCACUUUGAAUCCAAGAACAAAGUAACCCAGACUAGCUUCGACAGUAAGAACAAGGUUGAAGUGUUCUCAGAGAAGUAUGAGCUGAACCUGCAAGGACAGGGAAACCCGAAGCCGGUUGAUGGCACGUUCUCCACUAAGUUCAGCCUACUGCUGCCGACUGGAAGACAGUUCGGAGGUGACUUCAGGCGCGACUCCUCGACGAAAGACGAAAAGAAGUUCGGGAAGAUGGUAACGAACCUGUACGAUAAACAGCCUGGUGGCAAGCAGCGAUCGUUGCAGUGGACCGGUGAGCUGAAGGACGGCGAUUUCAAGGCGAAACUUUUCGAUGCCGUGCACAACGUCAAGUACUCCGAUUUGGACGGUAAAACGGUGGUGCUUGAUAUGACGGUGAAGCAUGUUCCUGCUGGUAAAUACAAGUCUGCCGCUGGCAGCUUGAAGGUGUCCGGAAGCUUGCUUCCACAAGUGGCUGAAGUGAGUGUUGUCGUUGAUGAAUACUGCGAGAAUCACGCGAAGUAUCAUGUCGAUGGCAAGUACGGAUCCGAUUUUUCGACUGCAUUCGUUGGAGGAUAUCAUGUCGGAGGUCACGGAAAACCCGCCAGCCAUGAGCUGAAGGUGGAUGUAACCGCUCCAUCCUACAAGCUGGGAGUUUCAUCCAACGGAAAGUAUGUGCAACCUGACACGGAGGAUGGAGUGUACGAGUUCGAUUACACCGGAUCGGUGGACUACAAUGGCAACAAUGUGGCGGUGUCGACACAGGCUAAGGGUAACUGCAAUCGCGGUAACGGAAAAUUCAAUCUGAACCUCCCCAAUGUGGACCCAAUUGCGGCGGAAGGUUCCUACACUUACGACGCGAAGGAAGAUGGGCAGUUGCAAACGAACAGCGCACUGAAGGUAUCUUACGGGGCAGGAAAGAACUUUGAGUAUACGGGAUCCGCCAAGGUACUGUCACCCGAUGAUGUGCAGGUGCAUGCUACCCUGAAGUCCGAGUUUGAGAGCGUGCGUAGCGUGGAUGUCACCUUCAAGCAUGCCAAAUCGAGUGAAGGUGCAUACAACACGAAGCUGCAGGUUUUGGCCGAUGGCAAGAAGUUUAGCGUAGAGAACGCUAUCGUCAUGUCGGAAACAAACCCAUCGGUGGACUUUACGCUUGUGUACCCCGACAAAACGGUGAAGGUAUCGGGCAGCUACAAGUCGCUCGGACAUAGUGCAUUCAAGGCCGACGCUAAAGUGCAAAACCUAGCCAAUUUCGAUAUGGAAGCAACUGUGGAGGCCAACUUCGACAGUUACCAGACGUUCUACGUCAAACUGUACGGUGAUGCGCCCAUGCUGAACACGAACAAGUUCUCAGUGGAGGUGAACGCGAAACCGGGCUCGAACGGCAAGGGUGUCAACUUCCGGGCUUCCGAGGGCGGCAAGGAUAUUUUGAGCGGUUUUGCCGACUACUCGGUGAAGGAGCAGGGCAAGGCAACGGUCAUCGAAGGACAAGGUAACGUGAAACUUUACGACAAACAACAGACUGCUACCUUCAAGCUGAUUCGCGAAAAACUGUCGGAAUCCGGUUUCUCGGCUACGCUGACUGCAUCCGUUGGCAAGUACACGGCUCACCAUGAGUCUCGCGUACAGCCGAAUGACUUCCGCGUAAAGACGAGCGUGUGCGACGAAAAGAAGAAGUGUACUAAGUUCGAAUUGUUAUCUAAGCUCGAACGUGCUGCAGGUGCAUUCAAGCAUGAGGCUUUGGUGUCGGUGGAAGUGCAGCAGUUGGGAUACGAGCAUGAGUUUGGCCUUUCUGCUAAGACUAGCGCUAAUGGAUUGAAGUUCGAUCACACCACGGACAUGCAGCUGAAGACGAAGAACCAGCCUAAAUAUCAAUACCUGUUCUAUGUUCAUCCGACUUCAGCCGGGGCAAGUUUGAUUCUGCCAACGCGUACCAUCGCUGUCGAGGGUGUACUGAACCUGCCAAAGGAGAAGUUCGGUCUGUUCGAUGGCAGUGUGUCAUUCUAUCUGGACAAGAAGAAUGAACCGGAUAACAAGGCCACUUUCGCGGUACGUGGUGAAACUAAGAUGCUCGGCUCGGCCGGUGUCAGUGGAAACGCGGCGUUGACGUUCUCGCAUCCGACCAUUAAGGCGCUGGCAGUACGUGCCAAGGGUAGCCUGGACGGUGAAAAGCAGACGGUGGAUGGUUCGGUUGAAUUCGACGUUUUCAAGAAGGCCGGUGACAAAAUCGUUGCCAUGGUCCGGUAUGUCAACAGCGACCAGUCAUUCAAGGGCUUUAACAUCACGUCUGAGGCAAGCGUAACAAGCAAGGGCUUGGGACUGAACUGUGGUUUCAGCGGUCACUCGGCAAUGUCACUCGCCACCCGUCAGGCCAGCGCGGCUGGUUCUUUGACGUUGCCCAUCGAAGGAUACACGUUCGGAACGUACUUCUUCGGCAGUCCGGAAUCGUUUGACUUCCAGCUGACUCGCUUCGGAGACGACUUUGUGCGUGCGCACGGCACAUACGAUGCGAAGAAAUACCGUGGAGAUCUUACCUCUACGUUUAAGUUCGUGCCAAACCGCCCCGUAGUGUUCGAGACGCAGCUGAACGGACUCACUUCCGCCAAGUUCUCCUUCAAGCAGGAUAAGUUCUUCAGCGCUGAUGGAACGUUCGGUGUGGACAAGGCGAUGGUACUGAAUGUGGUCGGUGAAGGAAAACCACUGCUCAACGCCAAGGUUACUCUGGAUGCCAGCCACUUCCUAUCGACGGAGUACAAGGUGGAUGAGGCUAACGCGAAGGCAUUCUUGCAGUCGCUCAACAAGCAGCUGCAGGGAGACUUUGUCUUGGUGAAGGAUGACAUUACGCAACGGUACGCCAAGCUUAACGAAGACGUCUCCAAGCUCUCGUCGAACUUGCUUAACGCUUUGCCUGAUUUUGGAAAGUUCCAAGAAAGCUACAUGAAACAGCUGCAGAAACUGCAGGAAGACAUUAUGAGCGAUCCGGCACUGGCUGAGUUUGUGAAGGCCGCUACGAAGAUUUUCCAGCAGGUGGCUGAAGUGUUCGGUCAACUGUCGCAGGUGUAUGUCGAAAGCUUCCGCAAGAUGUCGGCCAUCGUCAAUGACAUUUUCACGCAAUUGAUGGAGACUUUCAACACGAAGGUACUGCCAGCGCUCAAGGAACUAUCCACCAAGGUGGAGGCUAUCUUCUUCAACAUCUACGAGGAAACAGUUAAGCUGCUGGUGGCCGUGUUCGAGCGCACCGUUAAGGCACUGAAGGUGUUCGAAGAGGACUUCAACAAGAUUGCCACCAACGUAUCGGAGUUGUUCCGCACGUUCGCCCAAACCUUCAACAAGGCCAUCCAGGUUCUCGAAAAGGAGUUCAAAGAACUGUACAAGCUGGUUCAAGAGUACUUCGACUCGUUCGACGAGUUCAAGGCGGUCAAGGAAAUGUUCAAGGAGUACUUCGAUGGAUUCGAUCGUUACGCCUACCAGCUGCUUAAGGAGUUGCUGUCUCUCGUGGAAGCUCUUUAUCCGAUGCCGGAGGUGCAGGAGUUCACGACGGCUAUCAACAAGUACAUUACCAACAAAUUGGAAAACAAGCCGGUUAACGAUAUCGAAGAAUUGAAGGCGCUCUUCGUUAGCUUCAUCAAGGUACUAAGCCAAGCCGUUGAACGUCUGAUCUCGGGUGUAAAUGUGCAGUUGUCUGAGCCAACGUUCGGCAGCGAUAGCUUCACCUCCUUCCUUACGUUCAAGUUCGUGCCAUACGUAUCGAGCAUCCAGUUCAGCCCGUGGAACUUUGUGCGUAAUGAGAAGUUCUACUCAGUUCGGGACUUUGUCCACCAGCUUCGUCUGUACGCGUUCAAUCCGUUCACGCGCGUUCCAGUGUUCCAUAUGCACGCACAGUUGGGCGACGGUGGUCACUUCUUCACGUUCGACGACAAGCACUUCACGUUCCCGGGCAGCUGCUCGUACCUGUUGGCUUCGGACUUUGUCGAUGGAAACUUCAGUAUCGUGGCCGAAAUGGACAAUGGACACCUCAAGUCGGUGACACUCGUGGACAAGGACUCGACGGUCGAGCUAAACAACAAGGCCAUCGUGAAGUACAACGGCAAAGACACCGAUCUUCCGAUCUUCCAGAAGGAUGUGUACGUGUUCCGCAAAUACUACACCGUUACCAUUGGUACGAAGUAUGGUGCACAGGUUAUGUGUACGACCGAUUUGAAGAUUUGCCACUUCUUCGUGUCCGGAUUCUACUUCGGUCGGCUGCGCGGUCUGCUCGGAAAUGGUAACUACGAACCGUACGACGAUCUGGCCAUGCCAAACGGUGUCAUUACCGAAGUGUCCACGGACUUUGCAAAUAACUACAAGACAAGUCAGGCUUGUGUUGCUGUGGCCGACCACGGUCACGAUUCUCACGCUCACUCCAACCCGACCUGUGCCAAGUUCUUCGGUUCGGAAUCAUCGCUGAAGCUGUGUUCGUAUCUGCGCGACCAGACGGGCUACAAGGAAGCUUGCAACCAUGCGGCUCACGAUGCCGGUGAUAAGGCGGACGAGGCUGCCUGCGGUAUUGCUCGGCUGUACGUGUCCACCUGUACGCUUUAUGGCAUUCCGACCGUUAUGCCCAGCCAAUGCGAGAAGUGCGCCAGUAACGAGGGCCGCACGGUCGACGUGGGCGACUAUUACACGGUGAAGGCACCACAAAAGCAGGUUGACGUGGUGGUGGUGGUUGACACUUCCCUCGGUGCGCUGCUGGGAGAAUUGGUACAGGCUACGAUCAACGAUUUGCGCAAGGAACUGAAGUCAUUUGAUGUGAACAUCGCCGUGAUUGGGUACAGCAAGACGGACAAGUACACGAGUUUGUUCUCGCACGGCGGCAAGCUGGACUACUCCGGCAAACUGGGUCAGGCCGAUGUCAGCAACGCACCGAAACAGUGCAGAGGACUGGUAACGGGCGUUGAAUCCGUAGACGCCGUCCUCCAGGUGUUGCAGAAGAUUAGCGAACAGACGAAGGAGAACCUGGGUGCAACGACUGAAGUGUAUGCUUUGCGUCGUGCCUUCACCUAUCCGUUCCGUGCCACUGCCAGCAAGUCUGUGUUGGUGUUCCGGUCGGAUUCGAUCGAUAUUGCACAACCGGGAAGCGCACUGAGUGCGGCAUUGGGACUGGCUAACGUAAAGGCACGCGGUAUCAUGUUCAACAUGGUUGCCCCACUGAAGAGCGUCGGACUCACAAACACUAAGGAUCAGUCGAAGGUCAAAUCGAUUGUUGGCUUCAACGAGCGCGUCGUGUACCAUAUGAACGACAAGAAGCGCACCGUGGGUUCGACUGAGAUGAAGAAAUCGCUCAAGUACGACGAUGUGGUCGCCGUGUCCGCCGUCGAGCGUUUCGGCGGUAACUUCUUCGUGCUGCAGAACUACGCCCAGCAAAAGACUCCGAAGGACAAGAAGCAAUUCAUCUCGAUUGUGGCCGCCGUGCUGGCCGAACAGCUUUCCCGAACGGAGACAACUAACGAUUGUGUUUGCUAUCUGCGCGGUGGUCUACAUCCUGAAUCGCUCUGUACCGCUACCGACCUUCAGGUGCUUUCGCCAUCGAAAAAAGCCGGCGGUGCUAAGGGAUAA